UGCAGGGGCAGCACUUCGACCUGCUGAUGCCUGGCGCCCACGUGCUGCUCAACGUGCCCAUGAAUGCGCGCCCGAUGCAGGAGCUGUUGCGCGUGGACGCCGACGCACAGAAGGUGGGUGGCGCCUGCGCGGAGACGUACUUCAUGAACAUCAACAUUACUGGCAAGUGGGUCGAGGCCAAGGUCCACAAGCUCGGACGUGGCAGUGGACUUAUGUUCAACGCAGGCGUGGGGGAGCCCCACACGGGCACGAAGUGGAUGACUUUCGGGAAGAUCAUGUUGAAGGUGGUCCAUGGCCGCACCAGUGAGGGAACGGCAUACCUGAAUUUUUUCGCACGCAACUUGAAGAUGGCCGGCUUCCUCGUGGGAGGGCUCCUCGGAGAGGACCAGACGACCACACGGAGGCGGCCUCGCCGACCAGGGCGUGCGUGCAGACCGUCGAGGUCUGAGCUGAUGGCUUGCAGGCGGUGCUUGUCCGCGGCAAGCUGCAUGUCUACGCCCCAGACAUUUGGCGCCUUUUUUUUGUUUCGGUGGCGCGCCGAGUGCUAGCGAGCAUUGCCCCUCCAGACUUAUAGACCUGCCAGGGCUGCUCAAAGCCUCGACUGGAGUUUACAUUCCACAGUCGUGGUGCUGUUUUUUCAGCCCUCCUGGAAGGUUUGGGAUGCAGGGAGGGUCGUGUUUUUUCAUGUUCAAUUGGUUCUGGGUCGAGGAGGACUGGGGUCUGGGCUCUCUUAGGAGACGAAUCCAGUGCUAGCCGGCGUGCUGCGGCUUGCGCGCGCGACCGCCGGUCCUUUUUGAUCGCUUGGUCGUACUUGAUCGAGCUAAUUACCUUUUUGAGCCGCGCGCCACGCUUGCGUUGUGCGCGCUGGAAAACGCUUCACGGAAAUGGAGCAUGCCCAACUGUGCUUCUGCUCCCUUGCUUGGCUUGUGGCGCUGCCUCCGCCUAU